ACUUUCCUGCUAACAACAUAGUGAAGUUCCUGCUGGGUUUCACCAACAAGGGGGGUGAGAACUUUGUGGUGGACUCUCUGGACGCUUCAUUCCGGUACCCUCAGGAUUACCAGUUCUACAUCCAGAACUUCACGGCUCUGCAGCUGGGCACCGUGGUUCCUCCGGGCAGACAGGCCACCUUUGAGUACUCCUUCAUCCCCGCCGAGCCCAUGGGGGGGCGUCCGUUUGGACUGGUCAUCAACCUGAACUACAAGGACAGCAGCGGAAACGUUUUCCAGGACGCCGUCUUCAACCAGACCGUCACCAUCACAGAGAAGGAGGACGGCCUGGAUGGAGAAAC